GGCUGGCGGGCGCUGUUGCCGUCUCUCCGCGUCGUCCGCGCUCGGUCGCGCUCGGCGAGUGUGUGCCGCCGCUUGCGCCUUUCAGUCGCGACGCGCUCGUCACGGGGUGCAGUUCGUCGUCGUGUACGCCGUGUCUCGUCGCCGUCGCUCUCGUGCGCCACGCUUUUUUCCGCCCCCCCGUUCUUAAGCAGUUUUCUUUUCACGCGGUCGACCGCGUUUCUUCUCGCGGUGUGCUCGCGCGCAUACACGAAACAAAAACGCAUACGCACGCACGCACGUUACAAGCAAGCACGUUAUUUACGCGCGCACUUUCGAUUUAAAGAAAAAUAAAAAAAACGCGUCGUCGUCGUCGUCGUCGUCGUCGUCGUUGUCGUCGUCGUUGUUGUUGUUAUUAAUUUUGCGUUAAGCCUGCAUAUAAGAUCUAUAAGCGCGAACGUAUUAACGCGCGGAAUAUUAUCACGCCGGUACGAAACCGCGUGUUCGCAAAUCUCGCGCCUUUUUCUCUUGACCGUCUCCCUCGCACGAAUCACCUCCCCCCCACCCACCCACCCAUCCUAACUCCUGCCUCAUCUCCGAAACAUAGUUCUCGCGCUAUUUAAUUCUCGCCGGUGGUGCGUGUUCUCUUUGUGGUGGGUGUUGAUUUGGUGAAUGAACGAGAGAAAGAGAGAGAUAUGAAAAUAGAUCGAUGAGAGAGAAUGAACCCGAGAAAACGUAUAUGAGAAUUUUGAAGGACAAGGACAAGAGAGUUGUGUAGGCUACGUGUUAUAGGCUAAAUCAGAGAACUGUUGAGAUACGAUUUGUCGAGUGUGGAAAGAAGGGUGGGGGGGGGGUUGUCAAACGAAGACAAAACGAUGUUCGGUCAAGAUUUGUCUCUGGGGGACCAAGAUUACAGAGUCCUCCGUUGAAGUGAGUGAGAGAGAGAGAGAGAGAGAGAAAGAGGGAGGGAGAGGGAGAGAUUGAAAGAGAAAGAGACAGAGAGAUAGAGUGAUAGAGAGAAAGAGAGAGAGAGAGAGGCACGCGUGUCCGACACGAGGCCGUCCGUUGUUGGCCGGCACGAGACGCGCGAAUAACCGGGCAGCGCGCGCGCGCGCGCGUCUCACCCCUCAAUAGAGAUAGUCGAAUCCUCGUCAUCGUCGUCAUCGUUGCUUCUCCGUAUACGGUGGUACGUGUUGCAGAUGCGGGCUCGCUGAUCGUGACGGCUUUGUUAGGAUUUUUGGAGGACGUUGGAAACGAGGGGAAGAAGAAGAGGAGAGAAGACGAAGAAGAAGAGGAGGAGGAGGAGAAGUGGAGGGGAAGAAGGAGGUGGAGGAGGAAGAAGAAGAAGAGGAGGAAGAAGAAGAGGAGGAGAAGGAGGAGGAGGAGGACAAGGUGAAGAAGAAGAAGAAGAAGAGGAGGAGGAAGGAAGGAAGGAAAAAAGAACGUGGAAUCGAAAUAUCAUUAUUUAGUCGAAAAUGACGCAGCAAAGUGGUGCUGGGUCACCCCAGCAAUUCUGUCUAAGAUGGAACAAUUAUCAGACGAAUUUAACGAACGUGUUCGAUCAGCUGUUGCAGAGCGAAAGCUUCGUCGACGUAACACUCGCCUGUGACGGGCAUAGCGUGAAAGCGCACAAGAUGGUACUUUCGGCAUGUAGCCCGUAUUUCCAGGCAUUAUUCUUUGAUAAUCCGUGCCAGCAUCCAAUUGUCAUAAUGAAAGACAUAAAGUGGCCAGAGUUGAAGGCGGCCGUAGAAUUCAUGUACAAGGGCGAGAUCAACGUGUCACAGGAACAGAUCGGUCCAUUGUUGAAGGUUGCCGAAAGUUUAAAAAUACGUGGCCUUGCGGAUGUAAACAGCGAACAAGAAUUAACGUCAAGGCCAAGCCUCGUAGAGGAGGCUACGAAUGCGGCCGCACUUCAUAGGAAAAAACGACGUCGAAUAUCUGGUGAAAGAUCGCCGAACGGCAAUAGUCCCGAUCACACGGGCUCAGCCGGUAGCACAACAGGCGGAACGGGUAGUAUGAUCGAUGAUCAAGAGCCAAGCGGUCCAACAAGCAUGGUCAUUCCCGAAGUUCACGCUCUUAUACCGAACAGCUCGACCCCGCGUUCUCUCGGCUCGCCAAGUACGCCGAGCGUUUCUGUGACGCCGCAGAUCAACCUUCAAGAAUUACCGGUCUCCUUGCCUCUACCACCACCCCCACCGCCGCCGCCGCAAGGACAGCCGAGCUCGCACCCCAUGCCCGCUCACCACGUGCCCGGCCACGUGACUUCCGGACCGCACCCGUCCGUCAACCACCUAGCCGCCACCCACGGGCAACAGCUAGUCGCUCAACAGCAACAGCAGCAGCAUUUGCAGCAGGUACAGGUCAAUCAGCCUGGCGACGACCUCGAGAUCAAGCCUGGCAUCGCAGAGAUGAUUCGCGAGGAGGAAAGGGUAAGUUUCUAUCUAUUAUUCAUCUUCGUUUUCUUUUCGGUCAUUACGUUACGUUCAUUUCAAUUUUUAAAAUUCAAUUAUAUCGAAGAAGAACCUUUGCCCGUUUGUUGCGAGUAG